ACAUUGGUUUGGCUCCAACAUGUGAAUUUCUGGAUUUCAACUUCCUCUCUGACCACUGCCCCACCCUUUUACAGUGUGGUGCACCCCUUGGUAACAGGUUCAGGCCUUUCAGAUUCUUCAAUAUGUGGCUAAAGCAUGAGGGCUUCAAUGGGUUGGUCUCCCAGUCUUGGGAGGCAGAUGUGGUUGGCUCUAAGCAAUUCUCCUUAUGCUCUAAACCUAAACGCCUCAAACCUCCCUUAAAAUCCCUCAACAAGCAGGCUUUUGGUCAUAUUUCUAGAAGAGCUAUGGAAGCUAAGGAAGAGUAUGGAUUGGUGAUGAAGCAAGUGGUCCUGGACCCUAAUAAUCAAAGCCUUCUUGAUGAUGCUGAUAUCAAAAGGAAGAGAGCUAAUUUCCUCCUUGAUGCUGAAUUGGCCUUCUAUCAACAAAAAGCCAAAUGUGAUUUCCUUAUGAAUUCUGGCAGAUGCACCAGUUACUUCCACUCCAUUGUUAAGAAGAACAGGAGGAAAAACACUGUUGGGUUCUUGGUUAGAGAGGAUGGAUCUAAAACUACUUCCAAAGAUGAGGUGGCUAAUAUCUUUGUGGACUACUUUACUACACUGUUUGGCACUACUUCUUCAGUUGAAUCCAUUGAGCUGGAGAUUUUGGCUGCUGGAACCAGAAUUCCUUCUUCUGCCCAGGCAACUCUCCUUGCUUCUGUUACACCUGAGGAGGUUUUAAUGGAUGCUCUGGACCACUUUUCAAGGGUGUCUGGCCUAACCCUUAAUCCUACCAAGUCCAACAUCUUUCUUGCUGGUAAAUACAGGGAUGCUAGCCAAAAUAUUCUGGAUCUUGCCUCCUUUCCUCGUGGUCAGCUCCCUGUUAGAUAUCUGGGUCUCCCUUUGGCCUCUCAAAGGAUCUCUGAGAGUGAUUUUGCCCCUUUGUUCAAAACUGUUGAUGGUUUUCUGUCUAAAUGGAGCACUUUGAAGUUAUCCUAUGCUGGCAGAUUGGAACUGAUUAGAGCAGUGGUACAGGGAGUCCAAUCCUUCUGGCUCCAGGCCUUCCCUGUCCAGAAAUAUGUGCUUGACCGUAUCACCUCCAUGUGCAGAGCCUUCCUUUGGGGCAGCAAACUUGCCAAGGUUGCCUGGGUUGAUAUUUGCAAGCCAAGGGCUGAAGGUGGACUGGGUUUGAAGGAUGCCAAUACCUGGAACAAUGCUCUGUUGUGCAAACUUCUGUGGAACUUGGCAGCUAAGAAGGACACUCUUUGGGUCAAAUGGGUUCACAAUGUUUACAUUCAGGGUGAGAACCUGUGGCAGUGGCAACCCAAGAAGAGACACUCUGUCUUCUUCAAAAGGCUUGCAUAUGUACGUGAGCUUUUGGUCCAAAAGCUUGGUGACCAUUAUCCUUCUAUGGAAGAGGCUAUGAUUCCCUUUUCCUUGGCAGGUAACCUCAUUCCAAGAAAGGUUUAUGAUUUGUUUAGGGUUAAAGCAAACCCGAAGCCUUGGAUGGCUUUCAUUUGGCAAAGCUAUAUUCCCCUUAAGUGCUCCUUUACGAUGUGGCUGGCACUUAGGAGGAGGCUGCCCACCAAAACAAAUUUGGAAUUCCUCGGUUUACCUAUGGACUGCACCUUCUGUGGACAUGGGUUGGAAGAUGUGGACCACCUGUUCUUUAGCUGCCAGUUCUCUAAAGAAGUUUGGGACAACAUCAAGACUUGGCUAGGUAUGGAAGGACACCUGAGCACCCUCACCAGAACCAUCAGAUGGCUGAAGGCUUUUAGGCGAGGGGAUGGGAUUCUCAAGAAGGCAAGAAGGACUGCUUUUGCUUGCAGUGUUUUCCACCUUUAGAAGCUACGUAAUGCUGCCCACUUUGAGCGUGAACCUCUCUCUGUUGCGGCUGUGACUUCUAAAAUCAAGGUUAUGGUUUAUUCUAUCCUAGGAAGGAUGUGGCCUUUGUACUCUGUAACCUUCUGAUGUUUGUUUGCUUCUUGUCCUUGGCGUUUGUGC